AUCAUCAUCGGUUUAGCGGAUGGAAACCUAGGUACAUGUGUGUCCUCCAGCGAGCGAGCUCAACUCAGCUCAGUUCCAAACAUCGGCAUUCAUAUUUAAUCGUCGCCAGUUUCACUCGAGUCGCAAUUCGAAUCGGACGCGUCCCGUUUUAUCCUGAGGUGUAGCUAGCCGAACGCUCGCUGUGUCCGUGUGUGGGAAAAACUCGCAGAGUGCAAUCAACGACAGGAGGGAAAAAAAGUACGUUGAAGGUGCAUGUUUCUGCCACCUCGCCAGAUCACAAGAAAACGCAUUGGACAGGACAACGUUUACCGAGGCAGCUCUGUUGAAAAAAUCUGCUAAGCCAGUGCUAAUAAAUGCAAUAUGAACAUGUAAAUUGCUUCCAUCCCACGCUGAGAAGUAUCAACCAAUAAUCCCAAGUGAAAUCAGUUUGACAUCGAAAUUCCCUCUAGAUCAACCAUGAACGUCAAUCAAAUCGACCAAAUCCCGACAUAGGUGAGGUAGUAUCUACUACCAGCAACAGAAGGACUCUCUGAACUUACACUAACUUCCAACCGCGUAGCAACAUUUCUCAUCGCAAAACGGUGUGUUUACCUCGUCGACAGAAGAUAAAUCGUUCUCCUCCAUGCAGCAACAGCGCCCUGUCUGUGUAAGAUUCCUACCUGCCUGACGGAGAAAGUGAGUGCUUAAACUGAGCAUCGAAGAAGCAACCCCGGGACGCUCUAGGAACGUGACAGUUGGUGUGGGUGUACUGUGUGUAUUUAUAUGAAGAACCGUGAAGAGCCUCUCGGCAGCAGCUGCGGCGGGGGUGGGGUGUGAAGUGCAAGAGUGGGUUAUGGAAGUGGUGCCUCCCGAGGCGGAUGCAAAAUUUAAUUUAAUGUUGAACAAAGCGAAGCAAUACCUGGUGGAGGAGGCGGAUGGAGUUGGAUGUGGUGGGGGUUGUGGAUGUGCUAACAGUAGUAGGAGCAAUAGUAGCAGUACAAGCAGACUCCAGCGAAGCCAACGAUGCAAAGGAACAACAACGAUGAAGAGCUUCAUUGGAAUGCUAUUGGGAUUACUUACAAUAUCAGGAUCCUUGGCCCUGCGGCUGAAAACGGUUCACAUCCCUCCGUACAAGCACCGCGGUGAAUCGGCCUUGCUCCAGUGUCAGUACGAACUUAAAGGCCAACAGUCGCACAAUGGUCACCACAGCUACCAUUCACCGAACCAGCAGCAACGGGGUCGACCUUGGAACGACUCGGCCGGAGGUUACCGGCAUCACGUCUAUCACGACCACGACUACUACAGCGACUCGGAAAGCGGCGGCGACGAACGGCUCUACUCCAUCCAGUGGUACAAAGACAACGAAGAGUUCUACCGGUACGUUCCGUCUGCGAGCCAGCCCAUCAAGAGCUACAAAAUCGAAGGCAUCCGGGUGGAUCCGAACCACUCCGAUGGCACCAAGGUGAUGCUGAAGAGCCUCACGCUCAAGUCCUCUGGCGUUUAUCGGUGUGAGAUUUCCGCCGAGGCGCCCAACUUCGACUCGGUCCAGGGCGAGGGCCGAAUGGAUGUGAUAUAUCUGCCCAGAGAUGGUCCCCAUAUCAACGGGAGCGAGAAGAAGUCCUACCACAUAGGUGAAACGAUGGAUCUAAACUGCACCUCCGGACGGUCCUAUCCGGCGUCCACCCUGCAGUGGUACCUAAAUGACGACCCGGUGCUUGAUCCCAGAUACAUCGUGCACUAUCCACGGAUGGUCAAUCAGCAUGGGCUACUCACGAGCUUCUUGGGGCUGAGUAUGGUCGUGCAGCCACAUCACUAUAUCGACGGCUCCAUGAAGCUAAAGUGUGUGGCGAAUUUGUCGCCGGUGCUGUGGCGAAAUGGGCAGGAGAGUGUCAUGCAGUGGGAGCAGCCGCCGCUGGACAAUCGGGUUGCAAUGUUGUUAGUACGAAGCACCAGCUCACCGUGGCCGUCGGUCAGCACCACAUUGCUGCUGUGGUCCACCCUCUUGGCCAUCGGAAGUUCCUUCCGGUUGCAUCACCCGUAGUAGUAGCAACAGCAUUCAUUCGGCUGUCACCAACUCUCAGAACACCAGGACAGCCGGGGACGACGUCAUUCAACUGGCCAGCCUCCCGCCCACUCGCCAUUCCGAUGGUGUCUUUGUGCGGUGUGUAGUUUCGUUCGACGACGAGUGGUUCCCGGCGUGCGUGGGGGGGGGGGGAUCUCUGACGUCCGGUGGAGUGUAGUUUGCAGAAUUAAAGCAAAACUUAUGAGAAACUUCAUACUCGAAGCUCUUGAGAUGACCGUUAGGGCGUGACUUGUUUUAUGGGAUUUCUAAAAUCUGAUUGGUUCAGUGUUUUUAUGAUUUCAAAAAAUAUGGAAAGUAAAGCUAUUGUUUUGAGACAGCUUGAAGGUAGGUUUGAAUAAAAAAAACUAUGAAUUAUUCAAAAUUCUGCCAUAACAACAAGCUUCACCCUACUGUCGGUCAUCUCAACUGAACCGAUUGCGACGACCCGGACAGCCGGAAGAUUGCAUCUGCGGAGCAGGGGACUACUGAAAAAUGAAGAGAGCAAACCGAGAACAGGGAGGCAAGGCAAACUAUAUCAAAAGUAGCGAGCUAAGUUUAGCGUGAAUCGAGAAAAGGACACACUCGAGAGAAAGAAAAGUAUAAAUAUUAUAUUUACGAGUCGUGAGGAGGAAGGUGGUCGGGAGCCAGCCAACGAGGUAGAACCAGGUCCAGCCGAGCCAGGACAGCGUGAUUUACUUGAUAGCGUUUAUGGCCCAGUCCGAGAGCUGACAGCGAAGGAAAAUAGCUUUUUCUGAGUUUAGUUUUCCUAUUAAGUUUUUGUUUCGUUUCAAUUUCUUGUACAGAGUAAGUAAGGUAAACGUAGAGCAGAGAAGGGCAGAGAAUUAAAGAAAAUCACUCGCCCAGCUGGGCAGUCCGGCACACUUGUACAGAGAGGAAAAGUGCUGCAGACGAGUGCCAGGAGCCACUUCGAGCACUGUAAUAAUGAAAUGGCAGAAAAUAAAACGAGGAAAAAAAUCCGCCAUUCCAGCAAGAUCAACACCGAGUGAUUGUAAAUUUUAUGAUUUUGUACAUAAAAGUUAGCUGGGAAUAAUUAUUAGAAUAAAAUUUCCGCUUGACCCCAUAA